GCGGCGCUCGACCUGUGAACAACUGCCUUAUCAUUUUUUGGGUAUUGUGAUGACUGAUAGCAAAAUGGAGAAGCAGGAAGAACAAGCCAGAUCUCCGACAGAGAUAAAGCCAAAAGUAGAAGUCGUAGACCAAACAGAACAACAACCAGAGAAACCGCCCGAGCAACCGCUGGGAGACAAAGGGGAAGAGAAACUUGCUCCACCAACUGUAAUCCGACGUCACUUUAUCACGCGGGAAGGCACCAUCGUAGAAAAUACGGAGGAUCAACCUCCUGAAGCAACUACUGAAGAAGUGGUGAACACAGCUUCUUCAACGCCCCAAGAGCUUAGCCCUGCGGGUUCCCAGAAAGCUGAACCCCAGGAGGCUACCGCCUAUAAUGAGAUUUUACACCCAGAAGCUACCCAGGAGCAAUUCGCCGAGAUAGCAGCCAGUGAAGGCUAUCAAGCGCAACCAGAGUACACACAUGACAUAAGUUAUGCUUCAGUGCAAAUCGGCGUGAAUGGUCCAAGCGAAAUCGAGCAGCAAACAGACUAUGCCAGCUUGCAAGCUCCACAAUAUGGCAACGGAUUCACAGAAAGUCCUCAGUAUUUAGCUCACCAUCAGUACCAGGGUAUGUACAUAGAAAGAAGCAGUGGAGAAGGCUCACCACCAACGUUGUUGUACAGAGAUAACGAUCCAAGUCUUGCCUCAUCUAGAUAUCCGGCUAAUUUCGAAGUACCAGCAAACGUCCAAACCCAUAUGCUCCCUACGACGGAGCCCUACUACGGCGUGAGCUGGCCCUCGACCAGUAGUACCACCGCUUACCAGCAGUUCCCAGCCGGCGGCAGUUCGGCGAUCCACCACCAGGGGGACGGCAGCAACCAACAACCGUAUGCACCUGGAGGGGGGGCGUACGUGAACGCUACGUGGUCGGGCAGUGCGGGCAGUGCUACCCUUGAGGAUCAGCAGCGUACCCUUCAGCACGGAGGGGGCCCGAACGCAGCCACCGUUGAGGUACUUGUGAAAGAGUGCGUAAAUUGCGGCGCGAGCGUGACCCCGUUAUGGCGUAGAGACGGCACUGGUCAUUAUCUGUGUAACGCGUGCGGUCUCUACAACAAAAUCAAUGGGGUGCACAGACCGCCCGUUAGACCCAACAAAAAACCGCAGGCGACUGGUAACAGAAGAAACGGAGUUUCCUGUGCCAAUUGUAAAACACAAAACACCACACUAUGGAGGCGAAAUAAUCAAGGCGAACCAGUAUGCAACGCAUGUGGAUUAUACUUCAAAUUACACAACGUGAACAGGCCUCAGAGCAUGAAGAAGGAUGGGAUACAGACCAGGAAGAGGAGACCAAAGAACUCCGGUGCAGCGAGCGUUGCGGGUCCAUCGAACCAUCAUCAGAGAUUACCUAAUAUGCAAAGUCCAUCGUUCUACCAACUAACGCAAGAUAUCGAGUUACCAGCAGAUCAGUACCAGUUUCCUACAAUGGCAGUGCAUCCCCAGACACCUCAACAACAAAUCAUAUUUAGAGAAUUCUCAGCGGAACAGAUAAGCCGCUUGAACGUUCAACCACUUCGCCCUUCCCUAACGACUGACGAACAAGCAACUGUCAUAGCUGCGACUCCUCACAGAUACAGGCAAAACCUAGAUGAAGAUGAUGGAGGAAGUAACUCAACGUCGAACGCCUAAAGUCACAAUUUGCCACGGAGUGAUUUCGUCACUCACACAUCCAGAUGAACAAAGUGUAGAAUAUUAAGAAUGUAAAAAUGCACGAUCUCAUCUUAUGCAUGUAUGUUGUACAUAUUGUGAGGUAUGUUUAUUUGAACCGGAAGCAAAAGUGGUAAUAUGGAUGUCAUGUAAAAAUGAAUGUGAAUCUUAGUAUUUGCAUGCUACAUAGAUGUAUAUAAUAAUGCCUUUAUUAGCUGAAGUGAGGCCAAGUUUAGUCAGACCCCACAACAGGAAAAAAAGAAUACUUGAACACAUAAACAAAAUAAUAACAUACCAAAAAAAUACAGUGCAUAAGAAUGACAACAUUGACUGCACGAGACAAAUGCAGAUAGUAUUGCGAGAGUUUUAAAUUUGAAACAAACAUAGCAGAAAAUAGUCAAAAAAAAACACAUGAACACAAGAAAAACUCCAGCAUCUGACUUUUCAUUAAGUUCUUAAAAGAAGCAACCUGUUUGGAUCGAUAGCCACUGUUGACUGCAUUGUAAUGCUUGACAGCAUUAUAGGUGCAACCUCUUUCAAAGACCGAGGUAUUGUGAGGAGGCAUGUUAAAAUCAGCAUUAAAUCUAAGAGCUCUGGUAACAAAACUACCACGGUGAACUAAUUUGCUAGCGAGGUAAGCUGGUCUGUUAGAUAAUAGAACUUCAUGCGUGAAGACGGUCAAAAGAUAUAAAAAUAACUUAUCAAUUCGCAACCAGUUGAGUUCUUUGAUUUUAUCUGAGACGCAACUAAACUUGCGCAAUCCAAAAAUAAACCUACAACAGCUGUUCUGAAUUUUCUGGAGUUUCCUUUUGUGGACGUAGUCUAAACAUGGGUAAUAAAGAACAAGAGAGUAAGAAAUGACAGACAACACAAGACUUUCGGCGAGCUUUUUUCGAGUUUUAAAAUUCAGGAUGAAUCGAUUAGAAUGGAGGAGUUUCAAACGCAUAUACGUAUACAAUACUGUAGAUAAGAAAGAGAAUCUCAUAUUUAAGUCAAGGGUAACACAGAGAUUCUUGGCGUAAUCCACAAAAGGGAUGAGUGUCUCAUCCAAAACAACACAAAUCAUCUGCUUCAUUUCACGGUAGAAGUUCUUCGAACAGUACAACAUUGCAGUAGUUUUAUUAGGAUUGAUCUUCAAGCAGUGUUUGUUACAGUAAUCACUGAUGUUGGCCAAGUCUAAAUUAACUUUAAAAUCAACCUUUAAUGGAUCGAAACCAAACACUAACUGAGUAUCAUCUGCAUAAGUUUGCAUACUACAAUGGACUAAACAGUCUUGCAGAUCGAUCGUAUAAAUCAGAUAUAGUAAGGGACCUAAUACUGUCCCUGUGGGACUCCUGAAGGAACUGGCUCAGUGGAGGAAAUUCCUUGAUCAGCUUUCACUGUUUGUUGACGAUUUAGCAAGUAUGAUUCAAAGAACCAUAGAACUAUAUCUGACAUUCCAUAAUGAGAUAACUUGCUCAGUAGUAUCUGGUGAUUGACCAUGUCAAAGGCUUUCGAGAAAUCUAACAGUACCAAGACGGUGUUUAUGUGAUUAUAUAAAUUGAUAUGACAUAUACAUAGUAACAUAGAGUGGGCACUCAAGUAGCUUUAUGAGUCAGAGGUUUCAAAACAUGCAAUUGCAAAACAAUGCAGAGUCUGUAAGAUACAGGGUGAUAAAUUUAAAAAAAAAUCAAUAUUUUAAGACAUAUUUACUCGAUUCUGUUGAAACUUCGAAAUAUUAUUUGUUGAAUUCGGAGGCCAAUUUAGCCCCAAAUGGAUUAAAAUUAUUAGCUCCAGUGGGGUCCCUGGGGGCACCUUAGCGAAUAUUAUUGGCGAAAAAAUGUACUGCCUUUUUUGUAACUUUAAUAUCUGUUGUUUGAUUAAGCAUCUAAAAAUACAACUUCUUUGCCUAUUAAGAAAAAAAUAAAAACCGUUUUAUUGCAUGUCACCGGACAAAAUUGGUUUAUGAACUUUUGCUAAAAAAAUCACAAGUGCACUGGAAAAUAUAAAAUCUAAAAAAUCUCUAGGAAGCCUUAUUGCAUCUUUUCCGAUAUGUAGCAUGACAUAAAGUUCAAUUUAGGUAUCGUUUAGAAUUUCGUCUAUGUCAAAAGUUUCGGAAGUGGAAAAAUUUCCUAGUGUAGAAAAAUUGUCUGUUUGUGCUUCAAGGGGGUGAAUUUCAAUUCGGGGUAGGGCAUCGGCAUUAGUAUUAAUACUGCCUUUGUUAUAAAUAAUGUUAUAUUCAUACUGUUCUAGUUUCAAGCACCAUCUGACGACCAUGGAACCAGGUUCUUUGAUGGAAAACAGCUAUUGUAGUGAUUUCUGGUCAGUAGUUAUGUUAAAUGAAUGCCAAAAACAUAUGUACGGAAAUACUGUACUGCCCAAACUAUAGUAUAAGCAAUGGGGAGGUCUUUGCCUAUUCGAACAUGCGAAAGAACAACGCCAAUAGCAACGUUCGAUGCAUCUGUUGAUAUACUAAACGGCUUCGUGAAACCGGGAUAUACUGCAAAAUAGGGUCGUGCAUCGAAAUGUCUUCACAAGUCUCGAAACAUUUGAUGAAUUCGGGGGUGCGUUGAAUUUUCACGAUAUUCUUUAAGCAUUGUGUAAGGGGUUGUUAAUAAAUUUUCUGUAGUAGCCGAUGGGUCCUAAACAAGAUUUAAUCUCUUUGGCAGUUCUGAGAAUAGGCAAUGUCUCUAGUGCUUCAAUCUUUUUCGGGUUGGACUUUAUGCCUUCAGGAGUCACAAGGUCUCAGGAAUUCAACAGAUUUGCCCAAAAAUUCGCAUUUGUCUAAUUGAAUUUUUAACCUUGCUUCCUUAAGCUUCUGAAACACUUUUCUAAUAUUAGAUAUAUGUUCCUGGAGGCUGCUGGAGAAGAUAAUUAUGUCGUCCAUAUAAACGAGACAUACUUUUCAUCGAAGGCAUUCCAGUACAUCGUCCAUUACUCUUUGGAAUGUACUGGGGGCAUUUUUUAAGCCAAAAGGUAAUCUAACUAACUCGUAAUGUCCAUUUUCGACAAUAAAAGCUAUUUUAGGGAUUUUGCUUUCGAAAAGUUCGUAAUCCGUGUAUAGUCAUUUAUCUUCUGCCAUAAUCCAUGGAAGUUUAGUACUUGCUUAAAUUUUGUAACAUAGAAAUCUUUACUGUCAAAAUUUAUAUUGAAGUCUCCUAAAUGUACAUUUGUGCAAUUCCUGUAACAAUGUUUUUCGCAUAUACUUUCAAAAAAUUCAAUAAAUCGAUUGACGCUUCCACUUGGAGUUCGGUAAUAAGUAUACAGAUUGUAAUUUUUUUGUAUCCUUAUUUCGAGAUUGAUGAACCACCACUGAUAUUCAACGACUUCAAUGUUCUGUACUUAAACUUCAAUGCUAUAUAGUGUAUAUAUCAAUAUACCACCUGUAUGCUUCGGAACAGAGUUUACUCUUACAACUUGAUAGCCGUGAAUAUCGAUCUCUUCCUCCUCAAUAUCUUCUGUUACAUGUGAUUCUGUUAAACAAAGUAUUAAUGGUUUCUCUAUCAGCAAGACAUUUGAAACCUCAUCUUUGUGACAAAAAUCUUUGAAUGUUUAAGUGGUAUAUAUAGCUUACAGCUUGUUUUGUUUGUAAUUGAUGAUCUGUCUCCAUAGCCAGCUUUGUUUUUCGAUUUUUGCCACUACAUUUAUCAUCAAAUCACUGCUUAUAAUAUUGUUUCUUCCUUUCAGUCUCACUCACUUUAUAACUGUGUCCUACAUGUUUCUCUACGUCUAACUUCAAUUUUGUGAUGUCGUCAACAUAAUUACAUCCAAUUUCACCGCCCCAUCUCUCUCAUCGUUAAUUUUUUUAUGGCGACAUUCAUUUUUGCAGGAUUUAUAUAUUUGCUGAGUACCUUCUUCGUGUGUAAACAGUUUUGACUUUUAUAGUUUGGUUUUAUUAUAACUGUCUUUUCUGGUUGUACUGUAGAAGUAACCAAAUUUCUAUUAAUGUUUGUAUGUUUGACUAUUACUCGGUGUUCUGCAUGUGUUUCUGUUUUAUUCGUGUUCGUUACAGUGAGAAAUUCAGUAACGUCAGUGUCUUUAUCUAGAUUUACUUCUUUUUCGUUGCUGUAUUUCACAGCAUUUGCAAAUGAUUUAGUUCCAUUUUUUUCUAUUUGUAAUUCGUCUAAUUUCACUUGCAGAUAUGCAUUCUUCUUUUGAAGCUCUUUUAUCAAAAAAUCUUGUAUGUGAAUUGUAUAUAAUUGUAUUCAUUUUUAUCACAUCUUCCACUAGAAAUCCCUUUUCAUCUUCUUCUUCGGUAUUUUUUGUGUUUCUAUUUUCGUUUAUGAUUUCGUUUGGCAUAGGUUUUUUAAUGUAGAGAACUGGAUCAGUAGUGACAACAAAUUGUCAGUUGUCACUGAUCUACUUAGAACCGUUGAUCUUCGAGAAAGGACCCUAGCUCAGCAGAACCUUCCCCAAUAGUCUCCGACUCUUCUCAUAAAGAUAACAAUACAAAAAAAUUCGGCCUCAAAACCACCUAAUUCUGUUCAUAUACCAGGAGCAAUUUCAAUUCAAUGACCUAUACCGAGCGUUAAGUUUAAAAUCGGAUUGAGUCGGGAUGUUCAAUUUGAUGGAAACCGGAGGCGAGAUCAAGGGUUUGUGAAAUAGUUACAACGUCCAAGUUUGUCGAGAAUGUCAGUGAUGUUGCAAAGGGGAUAGCGGUCAUCUUUGAUUUUUUUCAUUAGGUUUUCUGCAGUCGACAACAAUUCACCAUUUUUGCUUGCCUCUAGCAUCGAUUUUCUUUGUGACAAUCAUUUUUUCCAUCUGCCUAGACACUUCCUGUUUGUGGACAUAGGGAUAUCUAUAUGACUCGGUAUGAAUGGCGAUGUCGUCGGAGGCUUCAAUCUGAUGCUUAACUUUUGUGAGUGAAGGUGAGGGGAUAGUUUUCAAAAUGGAAAAUGCUGAAAAAUUCUGAGUAGGCAAGUAGGCAACUGAUUUUUGAGAUGUAGUGUCAGUCCUAGUUUUUUCAAAUCUUGAAUUCCAAUAAUUCCAUCUAAAUAUUCAUCAAAUAUGAAAAGAAUAAAUUCGAAUUCAUCAGGAGUACCUAGUUCUUCGAGUAGGGAAAUUGAAGCUUUGAAUUGACUGGUUUUUGUGCCAGCGCAAGGGGAAAUGGGCGUAUUGGAAUGGAAAAUUUUGUAUGGGAAAAACUUUUCUGCAAUAUAAGGUCUAAGAAGUGAACCGUGACAACCUGUGUCCGUAAGUAACUUUACUGGGAUUUCUUUGAGUUGAAUAUAAGGAAGGGAGUUGGCUAAAUUAAUGUUAUUUAGGCCUAUCUGAAACCUGGGGGAGGUUCGGCUUCUCGAAAAUUUUGAUUUUCAGAGUUAUCUGAGUAGUAAUUAUAGGUUUCUGGAUAAUAUUCUCGAUUGCUGUGAGAUGGAGAUUUAUCUUGAUCGGGAUAUUGAGAAUAAUAUUGUGGAGUAUAAUGUGAUGAAUGAGCUUCGGGUUGUUCUGUGUGAUAAACCUCUUGUGAAACAAAACUACGGGGUCUGGUUGAUCUAAAAUAAUAAUUCUUAUCCUGUCUAUUUGAUUGCCUUGAAGAUAUGUCCAUGGGUACUGGAGUGUGUACUAGUUUAUGAGAAUUCUUAGGAUGAAAAACGUUUGUUGAACGUUGGGAUUGAGGUGGUCCGAAUACCUGUCUGUUUGUCGGGAAGUGUUGUUUAACUGGAAUGGGUUUUGGUAAUGGAAUAGGUUGAGAAGGAAAUUGCUGUCCAUUUUCAUUGGAACAAGGUUGAUGUGGUUGAGGUAAAUGACUUUGUGGCGAAAAUUGGGUGUGGAGUUCUUGGGCAAGAAUUUGAUGAUUUGGUGUUUGUCGAUAGCUAUGCUGUGGAUUAAGAUAUGUGAAAUUAGGUUGAGUAUAUGAAGGGGUUUGUCUUUGAGACGGAUAAUGAUUUUGAUGUGACGGGUUAUCAUAAUUAUUUCAUCUAGGCUUGUGUGAAAAUGAUCGGAGGUGACUAGGAUGUCCAAAGUUCUGUCUUUUCGCAAACGCGUCGAUUCUAAUCUUAUUGUAAAAAUGUUUCCUAACUACUUUGAUCGCGUUUGAUAAGUCGGAGGGCUAUUGAAUAUCUAACAAAAGUCUAAGUCUAUCGUCACAGUUCGUGGUCAAGACGUCGAGUGCAUUCAAUUCGUUUUGGCUAAUGAGUCCUUUUGGUCGGGAGUAAGGGAAGGAUCGGUUUGGAUUUUCACUUCAACUCUGGACUUUAUUAAUUUCAACCUUUCUAGAAAUUCUAAGAUAGUUUCAUUUCUAAAUUUUGCGAAUUGCAAAAAUUCUCUAGUGAGAGUUUGUCUGUCGAUUUUGUCACCGAAAUGCUCUCUGAGCGCAUUCUUAAUUUGGAGCCAAGAAGCGAUGUCCGGUCUACCCAUCAAAAAGUUGUAAACGUUACGUUUCAGUUUGGAACAGAUUACAAUGAAAACGAAAUCGUUCAAGGUAACAUCGUUUGAUCUAUCGUAUGUGUUAUAGAACUUUUUACAUCUAAAAAUGAAUGGUUCUAGUUGUUUAGUAUCACCAUCAAAAUAUGGCAGAAAAUCUUCAAUUGCUUUUGCGGCGUGCAUGCUUGGAACGGGGUUAUAGUGCUAUUAAGAGAUAUGUUUUCUAAUAAAUUUCUGAUAGUACCUAUAAAGCUGAGUCAGAAUCUUGCAUAAAAGUAUAUAAUGUGGGUGUACGAGAAAAUUAAAGUUGUGGGUCUAUUGAAGUUCGUAAAAAAUGUGAAAAUGUCAAAAAUAUAAAACUACCUAAUACACAAAAAUGUAAUGCAAUUGGAUAUAUGUGUAUUUAUGAGUUAAAUUCAUCUAAUCCUUAUAAUUAUACUAAAGUUACCUAAAAUAAUUUUUAAUUCAGAUCGGCACUGUAGCUUUCGAGAAGUGUACCUGAAUUAUGUUUCCUUGAAAAAUGUAGCUCAUGAUCAAGAAGCUAAAGAAGCUAUACUAAAUAUUAUGGGCAAUCUUCAGCAAAAUUAAAUUUUACAAAAAUGCACCAAAAAAUCUUGACAAAAAAAAAGGGUAGGAGAAAAGACAAAGGAACAUUCGACUUGAACCUUCAGACUUUCAGACACUGCACUCUGACAUCAAUUUUCAUUUUUGGGAUGGUCCUGGGUUUCCUGGUCUUCUUCUGAGUUCUGAUUCAUUCGUCUGAUCCUACUGACUGACUGCGCCAAUUUAGGUAUCGCGUCGCGAGUUCGCGUUUUUAAAAAACGUUUUACAGGUGAUUUGAUACACUUGAUUAUCUCAAAGUACAAGUAUCGUUUCAGGAAACAACGUUUUCAUUACCAAACCUAAGACUAUGUGAGCUUUGAAGCGAUUGACUAAUAGAUGUAAUCUAAAGUAAUAGCUGAUGUAAACUAAAGGGCACAAAACGAGAAUUUAUAAUAUGGGGUUGUUUAUAAAGAUAAAAUUCAAGUACACAAAUUCGGGAGAUAUACGAGGGGCUUUCGCUAUAUAACUUGAGUUUCAACAGAAUCGAGUGAAUACUUUUUAAGAAAUUAAUAAUUUUUUUUAAUUCAUCACCCUGUGUCUUGAAAACUCUGCAUUUCCAGGACCGUGUUUAUAGAAACUUUUUUUUAACAAUCACCCUCUAAAAAUAUCUCCGUCUAUAUUUCUGAGUAAACAUAAAUUCUUAGUUCCCGCGUAAAUCAACCAUUUUUGGAGAGAGAUAUAAACAAAAAAUUUGAGUAUUUUAGAGAUAACUGCAAACGAUUGGCUUUCUUUUCAAGGAAUCUGUUCAGUAAAAAAUAUAGCAUCCUUUAUGAAAAAAGCUUAUUUGAUCAUUGAUAUAUAAACAUAUGAUGAUAUAAUGUUAGUGCAGUAGAAGGGUUUUCGGUAGAUAAAGGUUCUGUCAACUGUUCUACACAAAAUGAAACAGCAUAUUUUUUCAGUUCUAAAAUAGUCCUCGGUAUUAACGGCUUCUCUAUUAGGUAUAUUAUUAAACUUCUUACACAUAUCUGAAAAAGAACAGAUACUUUAUAAUAUUUUUAUUGUUAUAUUAAGAAUCUAAAAAGCAUAGCGCUUACUUUUAUAUGAGCAAAUUCGUUGUCUCAUCCCAAAAAUAAAUUAUCUAUGGUAGAACUACGAAUGUAUGUUUAUGGAAAUAAAUGAAAGUACUAUAAGAGCUUUUAAAAAUUUUGGUUAUCUCCGGCUGAGAAAAUUAUAAUAAUUUGAUAAUUGCAAAAUAUUUACGAUAUCAAGGGUGUCAUAUUUAAGAGUUAUAUACAAUCUCUUCUACUGAGAUACUAGAAAACCGUUUGAGAAUCCACUUGUUCAUUUUUAUGUGAUAUCCAAAAUACGAGUGAUUGAUUUAUUGGGUUAUGAGUAUGCCUCUUUUUUAUACGUGUGAUACCUAGUCAGGUAAUUUUAUUUUGUACAUUGUUAGGUUUAAUAAUAUUGUGG